UGCACAAAUCUGAAAUGCUAAAACUCCCGCCAAAACCUCCAUUGCUUCUUGAGACUCAAUUAAGCGAAGUCCGAAUCCUGGUUGCUAGACAGAGUGACGAGCAAGAUGAGUGGGCAAAUCAGGAAGAAGAUUCAGAAGAAGUUCAAGAUCAGAGGUUACAGUCUCAAGGUUGACGCUCUCGACGAGAUACUCUCUUUUGUCAAUCAGUUCCCCGACGCCGAGGAAGAGGCCAUCGAUCUCCUACUCGACAAUCUCCAACUCGAAACUCUCAAAUCUUCUGUGAUAGAUAAGGAGCCCAUCAAACGUGUUGUUAGCUUGUUGCUAGAAGCUGAUGGAGCCACUGUUGAUGAAAGCCCUGGGCCUGCUUCUUCCCGUUCGGCCAUUCGCGUAACUGAUGCCUUUUUGGUGCCUAAAUUUCGAUAUGAUCUCGUUAAGAAGCAGUUUUAUGAAUAUACAGGCAGGCUUCCUGUUCAUGGAGAGGCAUCUUCAAAAGCAGCUGUGUACAAGGACAGGUUUCUUUUGCUAUUUCAGAGGGUCUCUCGUGAUGAGCAUUUUUCUAGACCUGCUUUUGAUACUGAAUUAUCACAUUUUGGGAGCUGCGAGAUAUCACCAAUUCAAUCUCUGGUUAUUCAUAAAGGAAGAAGGUGGGUCAUGGGCUUGAUAUCCCAGCUGGAAGAUGGGCACUUCUACUUGGAAGACCUUACAGCUUCAGUAGAAGUCGAUUUGUCUAAAGCAAAAAUAACAACAGGAUUAUUCACCGAGAAUACUAUAGUUGUGGCAGAAGGUGAAAUGCAGUCAGAUGGCAUUUUUCAGGUAAUUACAUGUGGUUUUCCUCCCCUAGAGGACAGAGAUAAAUCACUCAAGUCACAUGCUGGACUGGACUUCUUCGGUGGUGGUGCACUAACAAAAGAAGAGACACUUAGACUUGCAGAUUUAGAAAGGAGAGCAGUGAAUGACAUGUUUGUUAUUAUCUCUGAUAUCUGGUUGGACAAUGAUGAGGUUAUGGGGAAGCUGGCAACAAUCCUUGAUGGUUUUGAGAACGUGGAGGUUGUUCCUUCGUUGUUUGUCUUCAUGGGGAAUUUUUGUUCUCACCCAUGUAACCUAGCCUUUAAUUCUUAUUCAAGCCUUAGAUUGCAGUUUGGCAAGCUAGGGAAAAUGAUUGAAGCCCAUCCGAGAAUAAAAGAGCACAGUCGAUUUCUGUUGAUUCCAGGUCCUGAUGAUGCAGGUCCAUCAACAGUUAUACCCAGGUGUGCCUUACCAAAAUAUCUAACUGAAGAGCUUAGCAACACUGUUCCUAAUGCCAUUUUUUCAAGUAAUCCUUGCAGAGUCAAGUUCUACACCCAAGAAAUUGUAUUUUUUCGCCAGGAUCUGCUUUAUAGGAUGCGUCGUUCCUGCUUGAUAACCCCUUCAACAGAAGAAACUGAAGAUCCUUUCGAGCAUCUUGUUGCUACCUUAACUCAUCAAAGUCAUCUCUGCCCUCUCCCUCUUAUGGUACAACCUAUUAUCUGGAAUUACGACCACUCUCUCCAUCUCUAUCCAACCCCUAAUACGAUAGUAUUAGGUGACAAAAGCGAGCAGAAGGCAUUCAAAUACACAGGAAUAACUUGCUUCAAUCCAGGUUCGUUUUCAUCUGACAGCACCUUUGUAGCGUACCGCCCUUGCACGCAGGAAAGUCGAGCUUUCCGCCUUGUGAUUAUCAUUUAGAAGUCAGUUCGAAUGCCACAUCCUUUAGUCGUUAUCACUCGACAAAAGUUGUUGUAUCUUAAGCAUCCUAGUGUGAAAUUCUUUACUCGAAUUAAUAUAUUCAUUUAGUAGUCUUGCAUUUUUGGCCGGCUACAUUUUCA